ACGCGAACGGUGAGAAGAGAGAGUCAGAUGCAUAAAGAAUAGAGAUAUAGACACACACAGUCACGACCUUGACUGGGAUGUUACUGGAAAGAGACCAUCAGUGAAUAUUCGGAUUUCAACGUGGAUAUUUUUCCAAUGUGCAAUAUGACUUUUGAGGAAACCAGUGGAGAACACUCUUCAGAAAGGAUGGAUUCGGUGUCUAAAGCAUUGGAGGAUGUCAUCAGCUCUGCGUUACCUCAAGGUUGCAUCACUGUAGGAGUCUACGAGGCAGCAAAGGCACUCAAUGUGGACCCGGAUAAUGUGGUACUGUGCCUCCUGGCCACAGAUGAGGAGCAGGUCGAGGACGUGGCUCUACAGAUCCACUUCACCCUGAUCCAGGCGUUCUGCUGCGAGAAUGACAUCAACAUCCUGCGGAUCAGCAACAUGAGGCGCCUCGCUGAGAUACUUGGAGGAGUGAAGCCUGGAGGAGAGCCCAUGGACCUGCACUGUGUACUAGUUACUAAGUCGACCACGUGGAAGGACCCAGCUCUGAGCAAAGUGAAUCGCUUCUGUAGAGACAGUCGAGUACUGGACCAGUGGGUCCCCAUCAUCAACCUACCUGACCGAUGAACAAGCAGCAUGGACUCUAACCACGUUGUACACUUUAUAUGGAAACACAGCACACUGCACUAGAUUUGUGUAAAACCCCUUUGUUGGACCUCUCAUGAACAAACCUGAUUCAACAGAGUGAGAGAGAUGGAGGGGGAAGGAGGACAAGAAAACAAAACAACAAGAAAAUCUCCAACUCCAACAAAACUUGCUGGAUCAGUGUGGAUUUUAUGCUGAGGUUUUGAGAUGAGGAAGAGGAAGAGUGACUCAGCAUUCUGGGUUCCAGGACUGCCAAGGUAACAAUGGUAUGACUGUUAUGCAAAGGUAACGGUUGGUUGUUGGAAUUACUUUGUCCUCGUGCCCUGGCGCUGCCGGGAAGAAAGCCAUUACAGGAAGCUGAAUCAUGUAAGGACACACAGCAGAGCAGACAGAAGCACGUGGUGGUGAGCAGAGCAGAGUGCACAAGUCAGCAGGGGAUUGGAAUCUCCUGGAGGCUCAAAGGACUCAAGGACUGGACCGUACUCAAGGACAGGACUGGACUAAGCCAGACUAGAGUUUUCUGAACUGGACUGGAGUAGCCUGGACUAGUCUGGGACAACAGGUUAGAUAAUGCCUCAACGAAAGUGGACCAAAUUUCCAUGUGGAUAUACUCUGCAUGUUAAACUUUUUUGCAAUUUUAUCAGGAACUUACUGUAUUAAUCAACAGUAUGAUACUGUAUAAACUAAAUACAGUAGAUUACCGUAGCAUGCACAGUAAAAUACCGUACAUUUGUUUUACAGUAUUCAUUAUGGUGCAUUGUGGGAAAAUGUUGUGGGCAGGGAAAGAGUCUCUGGAUAAUUAACAUAUUAUGGCGUGCCUUGUAAGAGGAUAUAUUUGUUGCACCCGUGGUGAGAAUGCUGUACCCUCACAGAAUACGGAAAUAUACUGUAUAUUAGGAAUUCUACAAACCUUGUCCUGAAACUCUACAGUAACUUACUGACCAAUUGCUGCCAGUCAUUUACUGUAAUUCAGAAUACAGUACCAAUACCGCAUUGGAUGUGUAAUAUUGUUGUUUCACACUCAUUAACAUAUUUUGAUGUGUGUCUUGUAAGAAGCUAUAUUUGUUGCACCCGUUAGUGAGAGUACCAAUUUAAGUGAUACAGUAUGUGGUAGUGGUUCCCUAACAAUACAAUGUAUAUAGGGGACAGAUCAGAGUGGCAGCAAGUCUCAAACCUUUUAUCGUUGAGUGGUGACCCAUGUCCUUUUGAUCUGUUUUGCCCUGUCGUCACUGUCAGUUUAGAAGCCUUUGUUAAGGCCCAAAGUGCAAGUGAUAUAAAACACCUAGUAUUCAUUAAUAUGCUGUAAUAUCCAAAUACCUACUGCAAACAUGCUUGCUCUAAUCCCUUGUAAUUACAGUAAAAUACUGUAGAAAUAAUUUUCUUACAGUUUAAUAGUCGCUGUUACUGUAUUGUACUGUUUUUCAUUGCUCUGACAUCAAGUUACCAUGAAUAUCUCAGUAUUGUAUUGACACUAUCCAGAGAUCGUCAGCGAUAUAUCAUAAGAUAUCUUGUUGUAAUUACAAUUAUUUUGAAGACUAAUGUAUCCUUAACUACAACAACAUUUUCAGUAAUGGUUAAAUAAACGUUUUACUUGUUAUGAAUGUGAUAUUUUUUUAUCAACCUUGGUUGAAUGCACUGACUGUAUGUUGCUAAGGACAAAAGUACCCGCUAAAUGACCAAAAUGUAAAUGUAAAAUAAAAAAAACUUGCCAAGAA